GACAGCUACAACGAGCCCUGCGUGCGCCAGUGCCCCGACUCCACCGUGGUGAUCCAACCCCCGGCCUCCGUGGUCACCUUCCCUGGGCCCAUCCUCAGCUCCUUCCCGCAGAGCUCCGUGGUUGGCUCAGCAGGAGUGCCCGCCGUUGGAUCUGGCUUGGGUGGCACCUUUGGACGUAGUGCCGGCUUUGGGGGCUAUGGAGGCCUGGGAGGCUAUGGAGGCUCUUAUGGCCUUGGGGGCUUUGGGGGCUAUGGAGGCUUUGGCAGCUGUGGAUACGGUGGCUUGCGCCGAGGCCACAGGUACCUCAGCGGCAGCUGUGGGCCCUGCUAAGCACAGCAGUGCCUCUGUCUGCGGUUGAAGGAGAGUUCUGGAGAAGCCGCAGCACAUCCCCACCUGAUGCCAUGAGGAAUGGCUCCCCUUUGGUAGUGCGGUUCUCUGGAGCUUGGGCACCUCGUACUGCACAGGGCCCAGCUUUAUCUUUCUUUGCUCCGUAUGAUCUUUGCUUCAGGACUGGCUUACCCGUGAUGGGACAGCCCAGCACUGACUGUAUGUUCCUAUCCUUCUGCCCUUUGCAAGGUGAUGGGGACAGCCUCUGGCCAGGAGCUGCCCAUUUUACAUCUUCCUCCUCCUUCCGUGGACCUACAAUAAAAGCUCUCUCUUGCACUGUAAUCUUGACCUUGAUGUUUUUAUUUUCCUUCUCCUUCCCUACUUCCCUCACAUCUCACAGUUUCUGAUUCUGGGCUGCAAGCUGCUCCCAAAGCAUUGGCUCUGGGACAUCUGCCAAUUGGGGCUGUGCAUUACUGCUGAGGAUCACAGUGCAUCGAGGUCCUGCAGAGCACAUCCCACUGAGUUUCCUCCCUUCUCACAAUUGGUAUAGUGACACCUCAUAAACAAGCCUCACUUUAAUAUGUUUACACUCACUGGAUGUUCCACAGGGCCUCUUCCACACCCUCUGCCCACUAAGGGCUGUCCAUGCCUUGUUUCACAUCCUUUCUUGCCAGGCCAGUAAUCACACAUGGAGGUCAGAGGAAAUGGGAAGACAAGCAGUGCUUGGACAGGGCUCCUGCCACCUGCUAAUAGUGACCCUAUGUUCAUAACUUGGAGGGGGUACUGGAGGGGGUAAAUGAGGUACAUCCCCAUGUUCCCAAGGUUCCACUCACAGACAUGAAUGGAGCACAGCCAUUUUCUGACCCAGGGAGCACAAAGGUCUUGAGGCA